GAUUCCCCAAACGGAUCCUCUCGGCGCUUGGAGAGACGCGUCGGGGUGUGUGAUCCUUAGCAGAUGCAGAUUUAUUGUAUUAAACAGCCAUCGUUUCGGCUUCUUAACCACAGAGACGCCGCGGCCCCGACUGGUUUCCAUAAAGCCACAAUGCGUUUGUAGUGCAAGAAGAAUCAUGUUCGCGGCGUUAGUCCUCGUUUCUUCAUUGAUGGGGUUGCGCGUCACAGGGGGCGUCUUUGCGGACGAUGAAGUUUAUCGGAUACCGCAUCGGCGCUUGGCUAAUGGAUUGACUGGCUCUGCCUACCAACACAUGGGUGUUCUCAGUCAGGAAAAGCCUUUGGGAUUCAACGGGGAGCUGCUUCAGGUCCAGUCCCGUGGACGGGUGGCUAAGCUGUUUCUAGAAUCCCAUUUCCAGAGAACUCCGCAGAGGAAAUCAGAUGCCGGCUUCCUGCAAAGCGUCGACCAGGCGGAGAGCAAGCCUGCAUCUGCCCACCAUACGGUCGAAAUGGAGGAGAAUGAUGACAUCGAGCUGUAUGUGUCGUCUGUUGGAGCAUCAGAACCUGUGGCUCACGAGGAAAUGAUCCGGUUGCUCAACAUCAACACGCUUCACCACAGCCCUGGGCUGCCUGCCACCACUGAAGCGUCCACUGAGAAGACUGUUUUCAAAGAUCACCAUGAGAAGAACGGCAUUUGGGGUAAAGACGGCUUCUAUGUGCUGGUUAUCUGCCUCACAAUAUUCAUCAUCGUUUUCACCUGUUUAAUGGUGCUUUACCGAAUAAAGGAGAAGGAAUUCUUGGAUCAUCAGCUAAAAGACCCGUCCCAGCCUAUCCGGGACGUGCAGCUGGCACCCAUCCCUGUUCAUGGUGCUCAGCCCCCUCUGACCCUCAAGAACAGUAUGGUCCAGGCCAACCAGACGUCCAAACCCAGUGCCGCCCAUUCUACCAGCAGCACUAGCGCCCCGUCCUGUAACAUCAACAUCCAUCAGACCCAUUCCAUCGUGACAACGUCAGAGCCUCAGUGCCCACCUGGCCACUCUGUGGCUGAGCUCAAACCCACUGUGUCCUCCACGCAUUCACCCUUCAGGAUGAAGCCGGUUGCAGGCCUGCAGGAACGACGUGGAUCUAAUGUGUCGCUGGUUCUGGACAUGAGUGCUUUGGGUUCAGUGGAGCCUUUGAGUAGUGGGGUCGUGACCCCACGUGAGCGUGUAACUCAGGAAUACCUGCAGUCAGCUGGUCGGGUCCUCUCACGGCAACAGCUUCGUGACGUCACACUGAACACACAGAUGUUACAUGCAGAGUUUGCCGAAAUUCCAAUGAACUUCGUGGAUCAGAAAGAACUGGAUAUCCCAAAUCAUGGAUCAAAAAAUAGAUACAAGACCAUUUUGCCAAAUCCACAUUCCAGAGUUAUUCUGAAGACUAAGAACUCAAACGACCUCUUCAGCAGUUACAUUAAUGCCAACUACAUAAGAGGCUAUCUUAGAGAUGAGAGAGCAUUCAUUGCCACUCAGGGUCCAAUGAUCAACACGGUGAACGACUUCUGGCAAAUGGCCUGGCAAGAGGACUGCCCUGUCAUCGUCAUGAUUACAAAACUGAAAGAGAAAAAUGAAAAAUGUGUUCUGUACUGGCCUGAGAAGAGGGGGAUCUAUGGAAGGGUGGAGGUCUUUGUUAAUAAUGUGAAGGAAUGUGACCACUAUAUAAUCCGCUCCCUAAUACUAAAGCAAGGAGGCCAGAGUCGUAAAGUGCAGCACUACUGGUAUACUUCAUGGCCGGACCAUAAGACCCCAGAGAGCGCUGGACCCCUGCUGCAGUUAGUGAAUGAUGUUGAGGAGGACCGGAGAGGCUUUACAUCCUGUGGACCGGUUAUUGUGCAUUGCAGUGCUGGAAUUGGUCGGACGGGGUGUUUCAUAGCCACAACAAUCGGCUGUCGUCAGUUGGAGCUGGAGGGAGUUGUGGAUGUGUUGGGAAUUGUGUGCCAACUUCGGACAGACAGGGGCGGUAUGAUCCAAACGGAGGAACAAUAUGAAUUUGUGCACCAUGCCUUGAGUCUCUACGAAAGCCGCCUCCCUACAGAGCCUGGACAAUAAACAGUUAGAGGAGCUUCAAUUUUCGUACCAAGAGAUCUGCUAUUGCCAUGCGUUUUCAGAUUCAGGAGAGAAGGCAGUGGAUAAUGUUUGCGAAGAUGGAUCUUUGUGGAAUUUUGUUAUGUGAGUGUCAAGGCAAGGGUUGCACACAUCAUGACUCAAUGUUUGCCGGAAGCCGUUAUUGCCGGGAAAUGCAUUUCGUCAUGACUUUUCAAUAGCCUCUGCCAUGCUUUUUAAGGCCACUAGUGUUAAAAGAACAUGCCACUUUUUUGAAAAUAGGCUCAAUCUCCAACUCCCCCGGAGUUAAAAAGUCGAGACUUACUGUUUUUGAAUCCACUCGAUUUCCGAAUCUGGCGAAAGCACUUUCAACAGUGUUUAGCAUAGAUCACUGAAUCUGUUUAAACAAGAUGCGUCUGGUCUAAUCAGAUUCAAUGAUCUAUGCUAAGCUAUGCUAAAAGUGUUAUCGCCGGACCCGGAGAUUGGCUGAAUGGAUUAAAAAAACUCAACUUUUCAAAUGGAGCUGGAGAAAUAGUAUUCAUUUAAGUGUCAUUGUACAAGGUCUAGUUCCACUAAAUAGCGCUUUUUUAACAGUACACACAGCUUAAAGCCUUUCAUUUAGCUUUCUCUUUAUUUUAUCUGAAUAUAGCCUUGAAAACACGAACUGGGCAUUUUGAAAAUUCUGAAUUGUCUCCAUGAUGCAGUAUAAAUGAGGCGUUAAAAUUCUGUGUAUCAUAGUAUGAUCAUCGGAUGUUUCGUUAGAACACAUAUUUGUUUUUUUUCACUUUUGUACUUAUUGGUUAAUGAUUUCUAGGCAUAUUUUAGAAUUUUGAAAAUAUUCAGACUGUGUCUCCCGUGUUGCUGCUACUGAAUCUACAGUACCGCAAAUUAAAUGUUUUGUUUGCUCUGAGGUUCGCAAAUUGAAUGUUAUGAGAGAGAAGGACUGGAUGCCUCAGAAUUUCUAUUGCGUUGGAGUUGCUGAAUGCACAUAACGACAAACCAACAGCAAACCCAGAACAAAUGACUUUUAUGAGUGGAUUCCAACUGAUACAUAUGGAAUUUAUGAUCAUUUGAAUUGUUCUAGAGACUCAAUAAAUCGGUCAAUGGUUCGUGAAUUACUAAACAGAUCAGAGUAUAAAUAUCCAACCUAAAGAAAUACCAUCACAACAUAUUUGGGAAAGAAAUAUGUAAUUAUUUAAAAUAACAAAAAUUUUAUAGAGUGUAUAGAAAUAAAAUAAUUCCAAAAUAUUAAUAAUAAUACAGUUUUAGUGUGAAGGUUCAUGUAUUCUGGGACCACAAGGGUUUUGCUGCUAAUACUCCAAUUGUUUAUGGCUUUAGGAAUUAAAUAUGUUGUAUGAAAGUGAAUAUUUCUAAUGCAUUUGUUUUCUAUCGUAUUUAUUAUUAUAAAAUCUAUUGUUAUUAUUACAUGAUACUUUUAUAUACUAUGGUUAUUGUUAAUGUGCACUGUUACGCUAUAUAUUUUCCACUGUGUGGGCUCAAUGUUAGGCAGUCAGUGACUUUCCUAUUUAUGCUUAAUGAUGAGUGAUGUGAGUUGAAUUCUGUAAAUAAUAACAAUCUAUCAUAUCCACAAUAGUAAUAUUAUCAACUGCACAUACGGAUGCCUCAGACAGUGAGGGUAGCAGCAUAAGCAACCCAAACUGAUGAUCUGAGCUGUUUUUAUAUGAUACUUUGGUUGUGGUAGAACCGAUUAGUUAUGUGUAUUGGUACAGUACGUAUAUUAGAAAUGCGUAACAUGGUCCCAAUAAAAACUUUAAAAGUUAUUGAUUAAUGCUAUACAGUUCUUUGUAUUUACAUUGUGUGUAUGGUCCUAUAACAAUGUUAAACCAUCACCUAAAGCCAUAAUAUCUCAUGUUUACAUUUUUGCCACCGCAAGUUCAUCCAAUAUGCUUAUUCUGUUAUUAACCUCUGUCGUGUGAAAAUGUGUUUUUGUAAAGUGUAACUUUGCCUAGUCGGAAAGCAAAGUACAGGAAUUAUGAUUCUGACUUUAUGGUCAUUACUGCCAAUAAAUCAACAUGAGUUGUCA